AUGGCCGACACGGAAUCAAUUUCUCAAGAGAAGAAGCCAACUAAGGCUGUAUCAUUUGGUGAAAACUUUGAGGAUGACGCUAAAGAUUCUACAUCUGUGACAAAUAAUGAGCGGGAGCACACAGAACCAAGCUUAUCAAUUGAAGAUCCCGAAAAAAACGCAGCUGGUGAAGAUGACGUAACCAAUAUGCUCAAGGGUAUGAGAAAGAAAAAGAAAGUCAAGAAGCCAGCCGAUGAAGAUGAAAUUGCUGCACCCGUCGAAGAUGGGGGCCUCGAUUUGAGUGUCAUGAAAAAGAAAAAGAAAAGCAAGAAACCAAAAGACCUUCCCGAAGAUGAGUUCGCGGCUAAGAUCGCAGCUCUGGAAAUAGAAAGCAAAGAGGGUAACGUAGCAACUGGAGUUACAGAAGUUGACGGAGAUAUGGAACAAGGUACUGGUGUUUGGCAGCACCAUUCCGAGGUAAAAAUUCCAUAUGACCAGCUUCUUUCGAGGUUUUUCAUCCUCCUCGCCCAGAAGAACCCAGAUCAUUUAUCGAGCGGGUCUAAGAGCUACAAAAUACCACCUCCUCAGUGUCUACGCGAAGGCAACAAAAAGACAAUCUUUGCUAACAUAGCCGAAAUCUGCAAAAGAAUGAAGAGGACAGAUGAGCAUGUCACUUCGUAUCUUUUUGCAGAAUUGGGUACAAGCGGAUCGGUUGAUGGAAGCAGAAGACUUGUUAUUAAAGGCCGUUUUCAGCAGAAACAAAUUGAAAACGUUUUAAGAAGAUAUAUCAUGGAGUAUGUUACUUGCAAAACUUGUAGGUCACCGGACACGGAGUUAAACAAGGGUGAAAAUAGGCUGUACUUCAUAACAUGCAACUCUUGCGGUUCCCGUAGAUCUGUGACCGCUAUUAAAACCGGAUUCUCGGCCCAAGUUGGCAAGAGACGUAGACAACAAGGUUAA